CAAGAACGAAAUUUCCAAUAAAGACGCCACUCGCCAUGUCUGUGCGAAUCGUCAUGCGUGGCGCUACUGCCGCUGUUGUGUAUGCUGCGCUUUGGCUCGAUCGCGCGCCGCGCUGUCUCUUCUCGCCCAAGCGUAUCGAGACGGCCGCCCACGCAGCCUUGACAACUAAGAAGGAGAUUGACGAGGUUGCCGAGGCGCACGAUGACGCGCUCAUUCGCGCCAAGGCGCCAUUGUCGCCUCUUGGCCCAUUACUUGGUCUCCUGGCCUGCCUCUUAUCUCUCGAGUACGACGUGCCCGACGCUUCGGUUCCGUGCGUGGUGGUGGUCUUUCUCUACUGCGCGUGCAAGUAUAUUGCGAUGGUGCGCAGUGAGCUGCUACUGCAGAACGAGCAGCGUCAGUGGAAGGACUGGCGCGAACGCAUGGUCGAUCGUCUUGCAUACAAGGCGCACCCGGACGAGUAAUGCGACGAGUCGACUUUGCGUGUGGUUUGUUUUCUCUUGACCAACUAAUACCUCGCAAUACAGAGUAGGUUGAAACGAAACUCCAGACAAAAUGCAUACAACAAAUUGAAGUCUUUCGAGAUCGUAUUUAGCUUAACGUACACGGAGUGCGUUGCGGACUUUUUCCCAGUGUUGAAUCUCGUUUUGAGCUGCGUCGCGGCCGAGCGCGUGCGCGAGAACCUUCCACGCGUG